ACGAGGGUGGCAGCCAUAUAAUUUGCUUGCGCCAAAACCAAACAUAGAGCAGCAAUAGAGAGGAGGAGAGGGAGAUGAUGGCCCAUCUCCUUCUCCUCCAUCCACCUGCCAGCUCGAAGAUUUCUGUCUGAAUCGAUCGGAUCAAGAUCAAAUCAAGGAGGGAGGAGGUUGAGCAAUUCCUGACAGGGACAGAUCGGGAAAGCUCUCACAGCUUUUUCUUUGUUUUUGUUUGAUUUGUUCCUGCUUUUCGAUUGGAAAAUUGGGAGGGGAGGAAGGUGAUAGCCAUUGAGGUGGUGGCAUUUGCUGUCACCACCUUUAGCUAUCGCCUUCCUCUUCCUCGUCUCGCUCGCCCCCCGGUCUAGCUUCUUUCUGCAGGGCCGGACGGAAAAAACAAAACAAAAGAAGGCACCAGCCAGCCAUGGCGAUGGUGCUGGACUCCUUCGUCACCCGGUGCACGGCGUCGCUGGAGGACUUCGCCGGGCAGGAGGCGUGCGGCGCCCUCGGCAUCGGGGACGACGUGCGGUGCCUCCUGGCCACGCUCCGGCGCGUCCAGGCCGUCGUCUCCCACGAGGAGCGCCGCGGCAGGGUGCUGAGCGCCAAGGUGGACGCCUGGGUGGCGCAGGUGAAGGACGCGAUGUACGAGACCGACGACGUCCUCGACGUCUCCAUGGUCGAGGGCGGCAAGAUGCUCGCCGAGGGGGACAGCCCGCCGACGCCCAAGGCGCGCUGCUCCCUCAUGUUCUCCUGCUUCAAGCCUGCAUCCGCCCCCAAGUUCCACCACGAGAUCGGCUUCACCUUCAGGGAGAUCGACGCCAAGCUGAGGGAGAUCGAGGAGGAAAUGCCCAGGCUCCCCGCAGGAUCUUUGCACUCUGAAUCAAGAAGGGAUUGGUUCAGUAGAGGCAUCUGCAGUAACUUCUCUGACGCCAUUAGGCCACUCGCGGUUGGGACACAGGUUCAGAAAUCUCUGGAUGGCCUUGUGCCUAGGAUGAUUAGAGAGGGCAAGAAGAAGGUGGAUGUCUUGGCCAUCGUCGGCGCAGUGGGGAUCGGCAAGACAAUGCUUGCUAGGGAGAUUUACAACGACGAGAGGAUGACCGAAACAUUUCCAAUUCGUGUGUGGGUGAAGAUGACAAAGGAUUUGACAGAUGUGGAUUUCUUGAAGAAGAUCAUCAUCGGUGCCGGUGGUGGUGUCAAUGUUGGUGAGAUUGAGAGCAAGAAGGAGCUCCUUGGAAUCGUCAGUUCUACUCUUUCGAAGAGGUUUCUCAUUGUAUUGGAUGACUUGGACAACCCAGGUAUAUGGGAUGAUCUGCUCAAAGAUCCACUGGGAGAUGGUGUGGCCCGAGGCAGAAUACUAAUCACAACACGGAGCGAGGAAGUGGCAACAGGCAUGAAGGCCAUGGUCCACCGCGUCGACAAAAUGGAUGCAGAGAAUGGCUGGGCAUUGUUGUGCAGGCAGUCUCUCCCAGAGUGCAGUUCAGAAGAGCUCGCGUCACUGAAGGAUGUUGGGAUCAAGAUUGUGGAGAGAUGUGAUGGCCAUCCUCUAGCAAUCAAGAUGGUUGCUGGUGUCCUAAGGUCUAGAGGCAAGAGCAAGGCUGAGUGGGAGAUGGUUAUGAGAAGUGAUGUUUGGUCCAUGCGGCCAAUCAUUCCUGAGCUGCCUCAAGCUCUCUACUUGAGUUAUGUUGAUCUGCCUUCUGAAUUAAAGGAGUGCUUCCUCCAUUGCUCUUUGUAUCCAGAAGAAUUACCCAUUCAGAGGUUUGGUCUUAUCCGACGUUGGAUAGCUGAAGGCCUUGUAAGUGACAAAGACAAUAAGUUGCUAGAAGAUUCUGCUGAAGAGUACUAUGCAGAAUUGGUAAGCAGAAACCUGUUACAGCUUUAUGCUGGUAAUCUUGAUCAGUGCUGGAUAACGCAUGAUCUUCUUCGCUCACUAGCACGCUUUCUGAUAACAGAUGAGAGUAUCUUAAUCAGCGGCCAACAGAGAUUGAGCACAGACCCAUUGUCAUUGUCAAAGCCACGACACCUGACAUUGUGCAACAUGGAAAACAGAUUUGAUGAUCCAAUUUCAGUAAAGCAGCAGAUGAGCCUAAGGUCAUUGAUGCUCUUCAAUAGCCCAAAUGUCAGAUCAAUAGAUAAUCUCGUCGAGUCAGCAUCAUGCUUGCGUGUCUUGGAUCUGAGCAAGACAGCAUUAGGUGCUCUCCCAAAAUCCAUUGGUAACCUGCUUCAUUUGAGGUACCUCAAUCUUGAUGAAACUCAGGUCAGAGACAUACCCUCUUCCAUUGGCUUUCUUAUAAACUUGGAGACUUUGAGCCUUCAGAAUUGCCAGAGAUUGCAGAGACUUCCUUGGACCGUCAGGGCAUUGCUACAGCUUAGAUGCCUUUCGCUCACAGGAACUUCUCUUAGUCAUGUACCAAAGGGUGUUGGUGAUUUGAAGAAUCUGAACUAUCUUGCUGGUUUAAUCAUUAGUCACGACAACGGUGGACCUGAGGGUUGUGAUUUAAAUGACCUACAGACUUUGUCAGAAUUAAGGCACCUUCACAUAGAGAACCUGGAUAGAGCUACUUCAGGCGCUUCUGCACUUGCAAACAAGCCAUUCCUCAAGGAUCUACACCUCUGUGAACAGGCACCAUUGAUAGAGGAGCAGCAAUCUGAACAAGAACAAGAGAAUCAAGAUGACCAAAAGGAAACAGAGGAAGAAGAGAAGGAAGUACUUGAUGUAACCAAUAGCCAAUUUAGUAGAGAGGAAUCAAUCAAAGCGAGCGAAAAGAUAUGGAACGAACUCACCCCACCCCAGAACAUUGAGAAACUAGUAAUUAAGAACUACCGAGGUGGAAAGUUUCCAAACUGGUUGACAGGUCCAAAGCUGGGCAUAUCAUUCCCUAGUCUUGUGUACUUGGAUAUCGACAACUGCAUGUCAUGCACGGCACUGCCUGCUCUUGGCCUCCUAAACCAACUCCAGUCCUUGCAAAUCUCGAAUGCAGACUCAGUCGUCACCAUUGGUCCUGAAUUCCUCGGUGCUGCUUCAUCAUCAUCGGCCACUGCUUCCUUCCCCAAGCUUGAGAUAUUAAAGCUCAGAAACAUGAAGAAAUUGGAAGAGUGGUCAUUAGCCGUGGAAGAGAAUCAGAUAUUGUUACCAUGUCUUAAAUCACUGCACAUACAGUUCUGCCCCAAACUUAAAGCUCUACCAGAAGGACUGAAGAAUGUUUCGCUGCGUGAGCUUCAUGUCGAGGGUGCAUAUAGCCUAACAGAAAUAAAGGACCUGCCGAGAAUAUCUGAUGAUCUCCAACUCAAAGACAACAGAGCACUUCAGAGGAUCUCUAGCUUGCCCGUAUUGCAGUCUCUCACCAUUGACAACUGCCCAAAGUUGAAGCAUGUUUCAGGCCUUGACACACUGCAGCAUCUCAGGCUGGCGUUCCCUCCAUCCACAGAGACAUUUUAUUUUGAUGAGCUGAUCAUCUUCUGGAGUAUUGCAUUCCCACGGUGGCUGGAGCUGUUGAUCCGUAAGCGCGAUGGGCUGUGCCAUUUCGAGCUUCAGUGCAGCCUCUCAUUGCUCAGGAGCUGCCUGGACGGUGGCAAGAACUGGAGCAUCGUUCAGCAGAUCCCCGAGGUGCGGAUCACCAGCACCGAUGGCAAGAGGUACAUCCGGUACAACAAACGCCGGUGCAUCUAUGAGACGAAUGCUCAAUCUGAAGAUUGAAGCCUUCGUGAAAGUCCCAGUGCAGUACGUUUUUUUUUUUCAUCUUCAUUGUGCAGUUCAUCUUGUCAAGGUUCUCUUGUUCAGUUGUGUGGUGUCAUUACUUACAGAAGUGUAUAUUUUCGUUGAUUUAUUGGCAGUGGUUUGGGUUGUUACAAGGACACAUCUCAGUUUUCCUGGGUAGUCCUUCCAUGAGUUUUGUUUGCAAUAUUUGCCAACACGUGCAUUCACACAGGCUAUUAUGUAAGCCUUUGUUCUAUCUUUUCUAAUUA